CAAUGAAUUUGUACCUGAUGAUGUGUGUCCACUGGAAGCCCAGAUGUUUGUGGAAGCAGCACAAAGAAAAUUUAAGAGUGCUUCGGUUAUCCCAAUUGAGGAUGAUGCUUUGCCAGAAUCAUUGAAAGCCAGACCAAACCUAACACAGAGUUGACCCGUGUGUCUCCAGACUUCCUGAGUGUUAAUCAGCUUCUAGAAUCAGUCCUGGAGACAGCAGAUCAGUUUGGAAGAAUUUCUGUCUCUACUGGACCAAACAUGCCCUACAAAGAAAUGGCCAGUCACUGCGAGUCACUUUUAAUGGGAAAGCAGUUGAAGAUGUCUCGUUUGGCGAGUGCCCAUCUGCGACAAGAAAGCCUGUUUAAUGUGUAUUUUUACCCUCCUGAAGAGUCAAAGGCCGGUAAUCCUUUCCUUGACCAAAAUCUUACCACCAUUUCAAUCGAACCAGUUAGAACUGUUUCAAUGCUGUAUGUAACAGAGUAUCCACCUCUUCCCCCUUUGUUCCAAUUACCAUCAUCAAGUCCAUACGACAAAUUCCUAAAAGCUGCUGAUGUUGAUUCUACAGAAGUACAAAAACUACUAACAUCCUAAAUUCUGCUCACUGGUUGUUUCUGCCUGCAAGGAUGAAACCAUUCAUCUCCAUUUAUGAGCCGUUAAUUUAGAUAGAUUGAGUUCAUAAGUUUUUGGAAUUCAACUCUUUCAUUCUUUACAAAACUUACACAAGAUGGGAGGAACUUCUCAUUUGCAUCCUUUAUGUAUUCUAUUCUUAUUAUUGCCAUUAUUGUAAUAGUGGACAUGCAAUGCAUCUAUAUGUAACACUUAGGUUGGGUUAUAUAUAUUAUUUAGGGAUGUGGGAGCAGACCAUUAUUGGAUUUAAUAAAAUGAAGUUCAAAAU